GACUGUGCAGUUGUUGAUCAACUUUCACACCCUUCCAUUUAGAAAAUCGCAUAGUUCAGGUGAGGUGAUCACCAGAAACCCUCUCCCCUCUCUCUCUGUCUCCCUCCCAAAGUCGAGAUGUCAUUUUCCAAUGCCACUCGAGUAAAGGGAAGUCCUACUAGUUCCGGUGGGGGUUUUGGUGCUGCUCGUGGGUCCGGCGAACUGGAUUCUCUUUCGACCUCCGACGACGAUCAUAAUUUUACUCCCCAAACUAGUACCAUUCCGGACAUCAAAAUUGAAGUUUUGGUUGAAAAGAAGAAGAAUCUAGUUGUCUUUGUUGAAUCGAAUAAGGAUUUUGUUGAUCUUCUCUUCAGCUUCUUGACUUUGUCCGUGGGAACCAUUGUCAAUCUCCUCCAUGACAAGUCACCACCCACUGUGAUUGGAUGCAUGAAUAACUUAUAUAAAAGUGUUGAGAAUCUUGAUGCACGAUUUUUAAGCACAGAAGCUUGCAAGGACAUGUUGCUUCAGCUGAGAAGAUUGUCCGAAUUUCAAUGCAGUAACUUAAAACAAAUGAUUGUGGGCGACUUAAACCCCAUCAAAUGCUACUAUAUUUGUGGAAAUUCAAACUGCAGAAAGGAAGGUAAAGGCAUUUUAAGUGACUUUGGCAAUGUCCGUUGCCACUGCGGAGAAGUAAUGGAUCAACUGGUGACUUUGUCGGAACAUACUACCGAGGCUUCUUGUGAUGAAGGUGAAGGAGAAUUUCUUAAGGGAGGAACAGAGAGGUUUUUGGUAAGUGAUGGUUUGCAAAUUAUGUCUGGCUCAAUACCCCCAAGUAUUAUGCUACUGAAAAAGCUUGGCAUCGUGGAUGCAAAUGAGCUUGAGAGUCGGAGUUUGAAUAUUGGACCAGAGGAGAUUAUGCAAUUGCUUCGACUCUCAUUACUCACCAAGGCACCUUUAACACAUUGGAUUUCAUUAGUGAAAGGAGCUAGUGAUCCUAUAGAGAUUGAAACCAGAAACAUGGCUAAAUCGCUAGGCAAAAGGUCUGCAACCAGUGACCCGAAGAAGAUGAGCUUGACUAUUUUCAUAAGCAAAUCUAGGAAUAAGGUAUUAUAUGCAGAAUGUGGAGAAGAUUUUGUGGACUUCCUCUUCAGCUUCCUCACAUUUCCUCUUGGAUCUAUAUUAAAACUUUUGGGUGGAAAGUCUUCGCUUGGAUCUUUUGACAGUUUGUACAAAAACGUCAACGAUCUAAGCACUGAAAACUACUUCAAGUCUGAGGAACUCAAAAACAUGUUACUCAGUCCCAAGCUUGCUCCUUUCUUUGCAUGUGAGAACCAGCUACUGCAUAUUGAAGAAAGUUCCAGUCCCCAAUACUUGCUUUAUACUUGUGGAGCGACAGACGGUGAGUUGUUUGUCCACCCUAUGACAUCCAAAUUCGAUGGUUUCUGCUUUGGACAAGAAUUGGGACUCUGGUCCAUGGUGAAUCCGAAGUCUUCUACUGGGCAAACCACAGGAGGGGGAGGAUUUGUGAAGGGACCAGCCAAGUUCAUGGUGACUGAUGACUUAGUUGUCACACCACUCUCUCCCAUCUCAAGCAUCUCAUUUCUUGGCAAGUUGGAUGUGCCAAUAACAGAUGUUGACCAGAAAGUGGUGACAGUGGGAGAGGAGGAGGCUUUGAAUCUGCUGAAGGCUGCUCUAAUAUCUGAAACGGCUCUGACUGAUGUCUUCACCUCAAGGGAUCAAAGUGCUGAAGAUGUUAAGUGCUCGUUUGGCAAUGCUGUGUAAUGAUGAAAGCCCUUUUAAAGAGCUUUUAUCUGUAAUAAAACUGUCAGCAAAAAGUAUGUUAGGUGUUUAAUGAUGCAUUUAUUAAAGCACUUUUUAUACUUAAAAGUACUCUUAAAUUUGUUUGGUAAUAAUAUUGAGUAAAGCACUUUUUUUUUGUUUUUUUUACUAAUUUUACUAUUUACCCAUAUACUAAUAAUACGUGCAUUACCCAAAUAUUAAUUAUUGUGAAAUUUCAUUGGUUUCAAUAAUUAUUUAAAGAUAAAGUUAUUUUGAUUUUCUUCUUUAGCAGCACAGAUA